GUCAAGGUGUUCACGUGAUGCGGUUUGUUACAUCGCCCUGUGUUUGGACACAUCAGGAACAGCAGUGUCCGCUUCACCUGAUUAUCCUCGCAUUCUCCAGCCCAGAAAAUGCCUUCUGACAAGUCAUUCAAACAGAGGAGAAGCUACGCUGACCGGGUUAAGGAAGUUCGACAGAUCAGGGACCAACAUCCUAACAAGAUACCAGUAAUCAUCGAAAGAUACAAGGGGGAGAAACAGCUGCCGGUGCUGGACAAGACCAAAUUCUUAGUUCCGGACCAUGUCAACAUGAGCGAACUUGUUAAGAUUAUUCGGCGCCGACUCCAGCUGAACCCCAACCAGGCCUUCUUUCUGCUGGUCAACCAAAGGAGCAUGGUCAGCGUCUCGACCUCCAUCUCGGAGAUCUAUGAACAAGAGAAGGACGAGGAUGGCUUCCUUUACAUGGUGUACGCCUCUCAAGAAACCUUUGGGUGCUGAGGAUGACCGCAGCAGAUCCAUGGCGAAGAUCCUUGCAAUUCGUUAACUGGUCGAGGAAGAGAGAAUUUCACUGUGUUUUUAAAAAAGAAAACAAAAAAAAAGCAAAACAUCAGGAUUGCCAUCCUGUAUUCUGUCACUCACACGUACUAAGGUCGCAUAGUGUACCGGGGUCAUGUAAAACAUUGAAUGACAGUCUUCUCUCACUUGUAUCUAUAUGAUUGGCAACUGUUUAUUUGCUACUUAUUGGUCUUCAUUUUCCUUUGUGUUUUAUUUUUCUUUUUUUUUGUAAUAAUUAAAAAAAACGUGAUUAAUGCAUGGUCCACCUACCCAAGCAGUGAGGAGUUUCAAGACCUUAUUGAUGACUGAUAUGAAAUUAUGGAAGUGGUCUUGGCUUGUUGACAGUGAGAGAGGGAUACAUAUACAUAGAUAUAUAUAUAAAUAUACAUAUAUUAAAAAGAAGUACCAAUGACUUUAGAAUUGAUUCGAAGUCCAUAUCAAAUAUUGGUGCUUACAGUGUGUAGGAGGGGUAUUGGAUGGGACAGGGUGUGGGGGAAGAGGAACGCAAAAGCAACUUGGGACUGCAUAAUGCUCUUUCCUGGUUUUCACGAUCAGCUAUUUUAUGUAGAAUUUGCUUUUAAUGCACUUUAUAAACAGCACGGGUGUGUAGGAGGACCCAACUACUGUCACAUUGUAGCAUAAACCAAGUAGUUUUUUUUUAAUGUAGACGAUCGGCUCCUGUUAAUUGUGACACUAUUAUAAAUCCUUUACUAUUUGUGCAUUGCUCUCCGAUUGCAUUAGGUAAUAUUUAAUUUUUAAUGUAGUUAUGGCACCUGUUAAUGUGUGUGAUAAAAAGGAAAUUGCAUUCAUGGAAA